AUGCAGGUGCCACAAGAACACCGCAGUCCUGGCGCCAUCGCUCUUCCCGCCUUGAGCACUCCGGAGAGCUACGCUUCGCCUCCUGUCCAGCAUAGCUCCAACGGUGCCAGCAAAGGCUACAUCGACGAUGGCAGGUCUGAUACUACUGUCAAGACCGAAGAUGGCACCCGGAAAACGAAGCAGAAGCGUAAUAAGCCCACGCUUUCCUGCCUCGAGUGCGUAGAACGCAAGACGAAAUGCGAUCGAGGCAGGCCAUGUCUUGCUUGCGUCAAACGACAAUCAAACUGCGAGUACACCGCAGUCGCCAACCUGAUUGCCUCAGCGGACAGCAAGAAUGGACCCAGCAAGGCCCGAUAUGUCACCAAGCCGCCUAACAAGAUCCGCAAGAUCAGCAAUGCCUCUUCGCAACAGCCCUCGCCUAUGACCACCGACAAUGGCUGGACACACAUAGAUCAGCGGGCUCAUCGACAUUCCAAUGCUUCAUCCGGAUCGUCGCCGUACCUGCUCUCCAACGUUCCGUACGCGAAGUCAUCGCCGUCAAACGUCUUCGGCGUGGGCUCGCAGCAUCCCUUCUCCAACUACUGGACCUGUGCUGGCGGUUUGCCGGAAGUGCUCAGUGUCAUGCCCUCUAAGGAACAGGCCGACAUCCUCAUUGCGAAGUACUUUGAAGUCGUGGAUGGUGUCUACCCUUUCAUCCACAGGAGGACCUUCUAUGCCGACUACGAGCGCUUUUGGGCCCUGUCACCCGAGAAGAAAGGCGAGACUGAUGCUUCAUUCUCCGCACUGCUCUACUCCAUGUACGCGCUCGGUACCCAGUUCAUACAGUUCCCUUCGUACGAGGAGCGGUCGCAGACGGCAGAGUUUUACUGCUCAGCGGCGAAUCAAGCACUGCGGGUGUACUCGUACCUCAACCGGACAUCAAUGAGAGCCAUCCAGGCCAUGCUGCUGAUGUCUUACUUCUUGAUGAACGACAACCAUGCAUCGGACGCAUACGCAUGGGCUGGCAUCCACCUCCGACAAGCAUACGCCAUGCGCCUCCAUCGAGAUCCAGACAUUGUCGUGCCGGAAGCUUCAGUGAUCGAGAAACAACAGCGGCGGAAACUUUGGCAAGCCGUCUUCUUCCACGACACCUUCCUGACUGUCCUACUCAAAUUACCGCCGACUGCCACCCACAGCGACGUACCAGUGGAGUCCCUCCGAGAGGAGAACGAGCUCAGCACCGACGGCCUGGACAUGUGCCUCCUGGGCUCCCACUCACGAGUCGAGAACCUCAUGAGCAUAUCCGUCAUCGCCCCUCAACCGGCAGAACCCUACAUCCAACCCGCACCCCACCACAUAAUCGACCCAAACACCAUGAAGUCCGACGUCGUCUUUCUCCGCUGCAUGUGGCACCUCGGCAACCUGGUGCAAGAGAACCUCUCGUCCCCGUGCUCGCUCUCACUGCCCCUCGCCAACAGCCCCCGGCAUAAAGACUCCCUCAUCGCAGCCUUCAAGCGCCUCUACAAGUCCUUCCCACCUACCCUCACUCAGCUCGACCACACCACCCUUCAACAGCAAGCUAGAACCAACCCGCGCGCCGUCCGGCAAAAUCUCUUCUUGACAUCCAACUACUUUCACUGCGUCAUGCUCCUCCACGCCUCCGAAAACGACAGCGCGGGCGUCGAAUGCAACGUCAAGCCCGCGCUCGAAGCCGCGCACGAGGCGAUAUGGGCUUUCAUCAAACUCUGGGGGUUCUUCGAGGCAGAGGCGGGGGUAUGGUGGGUCUUUCAGCACAGAGCGUUUGAGGAGAGUUUGCUGAUGGCGCAUCUGCUUGCGAAUGUGCCGGCGGUGGGGGAGGGUGAGGAGGGUGGUGGAGCGGGGAAUGUGAUUUUUGGCAAGGCCAAGGAGGAUAUUGCGAGGAUGUUGGAGUUGAUGGAGCGGUAUGGGGGCAAUUUGGAGAUGCAUCGGGAGAGGAAGGAGGUGUUGUCUGCGGCUUUUGAGAGGAUUGUGGUGUGA